GCAGCACAAGCCGAUAGCGAUUUAAGGCAAACAGCUGUUGUGUUGUCUUCUAUUUUGCAGCGUUCUUUGUUUUGCUUUAAUUUUAUCAAUUAAAAUGCUUAAAUAUGCUUUACAAAUUAGACCGAAACAGAUAAAUAGGUUUCCCUGGCAGCUGUCCAAUCAAAACUGGAGACGUAGCUACUCCAGUAAGAUCAGGAACAUAGGAAUACUGGCGCAUAUCGAUGCAGGCAAAACAACGACCACGGAACGCAUGCUGUUCUAUGCGGGCAAAACCCGGGCUCUGGGUGAAGUGCAUCGCGGCAACACGGUGACCGAUUACCUAACCCAGGAGCGGGAGCGGGGCAUAACCAUCUGCAGUUCGGCGGUAACAUUUCCCUGGAAUGGCCAUCGCAUCAACCUGUUGGACACACCCGGCCACAUUGACUUCACCAUGGAGGUGGAGCAAUCGCUGUAUGCCGUUGAUGGUGUCGUUGUGGUUCUGGACGGCACGGCUGGCGUGGAGGCCCAAACAGUCACCGUGUGGUCACAGGCCGACAAGCACAAGCUGCCACGACUGAUAUUCAUCAACAAGAUGGAUCGCCCCGAUGCGGAUUUUGAAAAGUGUGUCCUAGACCUCAAGGAUAAACUGGAAACGCAGCCCGUUUGCUUACAGUAUCCCGUAAAAAACGAGCAAGGUCUAUUGGCCAUCAACGAUGUGAUAACCCUUGAGCAGCUCAGCUGGCAGCAAAAGGAUCUGGGGCGGAGCUACAAGAACAUUAAACUGGAGCCAUCAGAUAGCUUGCGCCAGCUGCAGGAGAAGCGCAAUGAACUAAUUGAUCGGCUAUCGGGACUGGACGACGAACUGGCCGACGUGGUCAUCAGCACAGAAAGCUUUGACGAAGUGGAUAAUGCUCUAAUUGAAAGAGCCCUUCGACGGGCCACUAGUCAGCAGAAAGUUGUGCCCGUGCUGCUGGGUUCUGCCUACAAAAACGUCGGAAUUCAGCGACUUAUGGAUGCCGUAAACUCCUAUCUCCCGGCUCCCGAGGAACGCAACCAGAUCUAUGAUUGCUUUGGAACAGAGGUGGCUGGCAAGGUGUUUAAGAUUGUGCACGACAAACAACGUGGUCCCUUGACCCUGGUACGGAUCCUGAGGGGCGAGAUUAAGCGGGGAAUGCGUCUGAUAUCGGCUCGUGGCCAGGCGGAAGUGGUGUCCAAGCUAUACGAGCCAUUGGCCGACGAAUAUCGGGAGGUCAGCGCUGUCCAGUCGGGAGAUGUGGUCAUAUGUGCAGGUCUGAAGUCCACAGUCACGGGAGAUCUACUGACCUCCAGCCAGUCAGCGCUGAAGAACGCACAGAAACGUUUAAAGCAAAGCCUGGGUGCAGCUACAACCAAAGAUGAGGAAGACGAUGAGCCGGAUGAGUUGGACGAGCUAUUUUCCAUCGAUCCGCAAAUACCAGAUGCCGUCUACUUCUGUUCCAUCGAACCGCCCAGCGUAUCCUCGCAAACGGCCAUGGAGCAGGCUCUGCGGCAACUGCAGCGUGAGGAUCCUAGCCUGCGGGUUAGCUACGAUACCGUCACCGGGCAGACAGUGCUCGGCGGGAUGGGCGAACUGCACAUGGACAUCAUCAAGUCACGCAUCUUGAGCGAGUACAAAAUCGACGUUGAUCUGGGGCCACUGCAGAUUGCCUACAAGGAAACCAUUGAGACACCGGCUUUGAACACGCUUAGCGUGGAAAAGGAAAUAGCUGGAAGCAAGCAGAAUGUCAGCAUCACGUUGGAGGUGGUCAAGAAUCAAACUGAACUGUUUAGCUUAGAUAAAUCACCGGAGAACUUGGCAAACCUCAACACGCUGCGACCACGAAUUCUUCAGGUUCUGCGAAAGGGCUCUAUAAGUGCUUUGGAGCGAGGACCUCGUGUUGGUGGUCAAGUGGUGGAUACGCAGAUUCGGCUGCACAAUGCAUCCAUUGGACGUGGCACCGCAGACUCCUUUGUGAUGGCCACGGCUGCCCAAUGUGUUCAAAAACUGCUGAGCACGAGUGGAACCCGCUUGUUGGAACCCAUCAUGGCCCUGCAAAUUGUGGCACCUAGUGAACGCAUUUCCGGCAUAAUAGCCGAUCUUUCACGGCGAAGAGCCCUGAUUAAUGACGUCCUGCCCAAGGGUGAAAGGAACAAGAUGAUUCUGGUGAACGCUCCACUGGCAGAGCUCUCUGGUUACUCAAGUGCCCUGCGCACAAUCAGUUCCGGCACAGCCAGCAUGACAAUGCAGCCAUGUGGCUUCGCCUCCAUGAAUUCCGCAGACGAAUCGCUGGCGGAGCGAAGAGCCCAGGGCCUCGAAUAGUUCGU